AUGUUGGUGGUCGCUGUUGCUGGAGGCACUGGCGAUGUCGGGCAGACGAUUGUCGACGAGCUGCUCAGGGUCGCCAAGUUCAGGAUUGUCGUGCUGACCAGAGAGAAUCCAGAGUCACAGAAAAGGCAAGCGCAGCAUGGCACUGUGCCAGUCACAAUCAACUACAAUGAUUCCGACUCUAUCUCCCGUCGUCUCGAGGAGAAUGCCGUUCAUACCAUCAUCUCCACCCUCCCCAUGACCUCGGAAGAGUGCAGUCAGUCGCAGGUCAAUCUCAUUCGCGCAGCGGAUAAGUCAACUUGCACUAAACGAUUCAUUCCUAGUGAAUAUGCCCAUAUCAAUACGCCGGAACUCUUGGAGAUAGAUCCCACAACCCAAUGGUGGCUUGACGCCGUCGAGUGUCUGAAGAAAUCUGACUUGCAAUACACUCGCUUCGCAACUGGCUUUUUCAUGGACUACUGGGGCAUGCCAUACGUCGAAACCCAUUUGGCGCCGUUCACGUUCGGCAUCGACAUGGGAAACUGCCAAGCUGCAAUCCCCGGAGACGGGAAUGACCAUCUGAGUCUGACUUACUCAAAAGAUCUCGCAAAGUUCGUAGUGCGAACUCUGGACUUGGAUGAGUGGCCAGAUCUCAGCAUUGGAGUCGGGGACGAUAUCACGUUCAAUGAGAUGCUGCGCUUAGCAGAAGAGGCUCGGGGUAAAAAGUUUCAGGUCACGUACGACAGAGUCGACAGCCUCAACGAGGGUAAAGCUACUAUGCUUCCAAUCCCCGAAGGCGCUCCCUUUUCAGCGGACGAGAUGACAGAGUACAACGCGUUAUUCGGACAGUUUACUGUUCGAGGAAUUUUUCAUGUGCCAACGGAGAAUCGGUUGAAAUUCCCAGAUUUGAAGCCGUUGACGUUUAAGGAGUUUCUGAGUAAAACUUGGGGAGGCCAUUGA